UUUUUCUCCUCACUGGAAAAAUUUUAAAUGCAGCGAUUAAAGAAGUUACCUAUGGAAGGCAGUUAAGAAAUUAAGUAAAGGGAAAGAAAAGGCAUCAAUACAAAGUACUGCGGAGGAAUUUUUGUCAAGCUGUGAGACGACGGAGUGAGAAGAGUGAAGGCGGUUGAGAGGGGCUCAGGGAAUUGUCCUGUGUGCCAGGGACUUUCUUUAGGCCUCGGGCCCCUGUCUACCCCUAUCGUCAGCAGAGAGAUGGAAACCUUGAUGACUAGUUCCACUCUGCCUCCCCUUUUUGCAGAUGAAGAUGGCUCCAAGGAGAGUAAUGAUCUGGCUUCAACUGGGUUAACCCACCCAGAGGCUCCAUAUAGUAGUGGAGCCACAUCAUCCAGCAAUAAUCCAGAAUUUGUAGAGGAUCUCUCCCAAGGUCAGCUGCUUCAGAAUGACUCUUCAAAUACAGCAGAAGGCAGUGAACAGAGGCAUGAAGAUGAGCAAAGAAGUAAACGAGGAGGUUGGUCCAAAGGAAGAAAGAGAAAGAAACCUCUUCGAGACAGCAAUGCACCCAAAUCCCCUCUUACAGGAUAUGUUCGAUUCAUGAAUGAGCGUCGAGAACAGCUUCGAGCAAAGAGACCAGAAGUCCCAUUUCCAGAAAUUACAAGGAUGUUAGGCAAUGAAUGGAGUAAACUUCCUCCGGAGGAAAAACAGCGCUACCUUGAUGAGGCAGACAGAGAUAAGGAGCGUUACAUGAAGGAACUGGAGCAGUAUCAGAAGACUGAGGCCUACAAGGUUUUCAGCAGGAAAACCCAGGACCGUCAGAAAGGCAAAUCUCAUAGACAAGAUGCAGCCCGACAGGCCACUCAUGAUCAUGAGAAAGAAGCAGAAGUAAAGGAACGGUCUGUUUUUGACAUCCCUAUAUUUACAGAGGAAUUCCUGAACCACAGCAAAGCUCGGGAGGCAGAGCUCCGUCAGCUUCGCAAAUCCAACAUGGAAUUUGAGGAGAGGAACGCAGCCCUGCAAAAGCACGUGGAGAGCAUGCGCACAGCAGUGGAGAAACUGGAGGUGGACGUGAUCCAGGAGCGCAGCCGCAACACCGUCUUACAGCAGCACUUGGAGACGCUGCGGCAGGUGCUGACCAGCAGCUUCGCCAGCAUGCCCUUGCCUGGAAGUGGAGAGACACCUACAGUGGACACUAUCGACUCCUAUAUGAACAGACUGCACAGUAUUAUUUUAGCUAAUCCCCAAGACAAUGAAAACUUCAUAGCUACAGUUCGAGAAGUUGUGAACAGGCUUGAUCGUUAGGGAAUGUUCUACAGGUCUUAGAGCUCCAGGAUGUUCUGUAAGUGGUUUUACUUGUUCAGAAUGAGAAGCCAUCCAUGGAAAUUUGAGUUGAGUGGAGGCAGAGAGGGCGUACAGAUUAUUCUGCUUGUGAAAGAACCGUCAGUUAGGAGGUACAUGCCUUCACCCCAGGAAGCCAUGUGAGGGAGCCGCAGAAGGAGCAUGUGUGGGAACUUCCUGUGGGAUUGUCCUUGUGAAGCUUUGACCGUGUGCGAGUCUUCAGUCUCCUGUCGUCUCUGCUUCUGCUCCAGCGGGCCUGCGUAUACUCCGCUGACUAGACACCCCCGAGACAGGCACCUUCUGCAGCAGAAAGGAAGCCUUCUCUUUGUUCUGCUUUGUUCAGACUGGACUCUUUUAUCAGUGGCUCUGUGGUUUUUAUCAGUGGUUUUCCUACCUAGCUAUCACUUCUUUUCUUAAUGCUUUUGGGAGUUAAUUUUUUUAUAUUUUCUUCACCCCACCAAGUUAGAUGUCUCCAUUUUCUGACCUCUGGGCUUUGUUGCUCAGCAGGGCUCUGAAGGAGCGUUUCUCUCAUUGGACAGGCCCAAUCUUCUCCCAUCAUUGUCCUGCUGUGACUCCAAAGAAAGGAGCUUCUUGUUGACAGUGCCCUGUGGAGCGAGGCUGUGUCUCAUACCGCACGCAGCGCUCAGUGGGUGCCAGCCCUUGUAGUGGAGGCUUUGUGAUUGCUGCCCUGAAGGAGAGCACUCCUUCCUCCUGCCUUGGUGCUGCCUGCUGUUUUCUAAGCACCGCUCCUGCACGUACCCUGCGUCCCGGCCCCAGCAAGGCUCUUCUGUUCCCAUCCGUUGGCAGUGACUUGUGGAAUAUUUUUGCGGAGGGAAAGGUCACUGGUAAACAGGACAAAACAAGAAAGUAGUUUAUCACUUGGUAUUGAAAAAGAUCCUAAAGUUUCUUAUAAGUGAAAACAGAGGAAAUCCCUGUGUGCUUGUGGUGUACUGAGUUAUGGAUACGGAUGGCGGAAAUGUCAUCAGAAUACUGCCAGCUGACAGAAGAGAACACGGAGGAAUUCUCCAUCCUUUGUCUUUCUUCUCUAAUCAUAACUGCAUAGUCUGUGUCAAAGGGACAGGCUUUCCUUCCUUCUGCCCUCUUGUGAUUAAAAAAAAAAAAAAAACACAGCAAAAGGGAAGAGAGGUUUCUGAUUUUCACUUCAGGGUUUGGUUUUGUUGUGUUAUAUGUUGAUGCUGUGAAGCACAAGGCUGGCAGUUGCAGCUGAGAUCUUCGGAACCAAAGCAGGGCACGCUGAGCCCACUGUCCAGGCACCACGCCACCAAGGGCAGGUGGAAGUGUGGCCCCCUCACAGUAUGCUCACACGCCAGGGUGCAAGCCAGACACCCCCAUCAUGUUGCUGCAACCCUCCUGUCUUCUCAGCAUCUCCUCCCCUGAUUUCUUUCUUAACCCAAAGGAAACAAAACAACAGCAAAAAAAAAAAACCUUGUUAAAAGUUCUUACGUGAACACACAUCAAAUUUUCAUGUACUGAAGCCCAUACAUAUACCACCUUGGCUGUCUUUGAGAAUAAGAGCCCAUCAUUAUCUCUCUAAACCUGCCAACUCACCUGCUCUUCUGUGUUUUCCUACUCUCACUGGCCAUUCCUAGCUCUUCUCUCAGACACUCUGCCUGCUCAGUCCAAGCUGGAAUGCACUGUCUGUGGCAGAAGGACAGCCAAGCCAGUUCUGGAGUUUGUGUCUGCCUUCUGCCAAAUACUUUGUCUCCUUUCUUCAUCCUCAUAUUUCUCUCUGUCUCGCCUUUUUGUUAGUUUUGCACAGUAUUAUUAGCAGUGCUGUGCACCAGGGAAGGCUGUAAUAGGUCCAGAGCUCAUCCUUCUCCUUCGUCUGGAUAGAUACCUGACACUGACUUGAAAGCCAUCCGUAAUCGGGAAUGCAUGAGAUCUCAAGAAAGCUGGCAAUUUGAAAGCAUUUUCACAAAAUAGCAACCUGCUCCUGACAUGCUGGCCCUCCCAGCAGCUACACCUGACUCCCUGGUGGCUGGAAUUCAGCUGCCACAAAACAAGAAGUUUCCGUGAAGCAGGUCUGUCUUGCCUGCUCUCUUCUCUGUGUCCAGCCAGGAAGGUAGUAAGUGAGCUCAGAGGCUAACACAAUACCUAAUUCACAUUUCCCAGUAAACUUGUAGAUAUUAUUGCACUAAUAUGUUCUUCUCAAGAAAUAAAUUGUUGCCUAUUCAGUGUUACAGAUUUCUUUCUUUUUAUUAAAACACAAAGAGCAGCUGAAGAAAAUGGGACAGAUUCUGACAGAAUGAAAUUUUAGGAAAAAAAUGUGUACAUGUGUUUGAAACUGUUGAAAUGCCAAGUUUUCUGUACAAGUGUUUUUGUAAUUAAACUUUUAGAUUUUCUUUGUUUUUUAAAGAAGUCAAUAUGCUUG